AUGCGUUUUCGUCAAUUAAUAUCGCCAACAUAUAAAAAUUUAUAUGAUGUAUGUUUAAAUCAAGCACCAUUUUAUCAGAAUGAAAUUAUUGAAGAAACGCAACCUGAUCAUAAUUAUUGUCGACCAUGGAUUGAUGAUCCAACAAUACCAACUGCACUUCCUCGUGUUCAACUAUUUUUUAAUUCCAAUUCAAUAGAUAAUUCAAAUAUUGAUAUUGACGAUACCUUAAAAUCAAAUGAUGAAAAUAUAGAGAAAAUUAAUUGGGCACCCACAAUAAAUACAAUACUUCCUGAAAGUUACGAAUGUCCACAAGAAUCAGAUGAAAAUCUUACAUCUGAACAAGAAGUUUUUGUUCAAAAUAUUCGUGAAUUAAUUAAUGAAACACGAGUAGCUACAUUAUGUUGUGAAUCGAAUACUUGUGAUGUUGUAUAUUGGCGUUUAUCUAUUCAUAAUAUUGUAGCAAGACUCUAUUCAUUUCUCACUCGUCAAUCAUAUUAUGAAAAUUCACUUGAUUGGCUUCAUGAAUAUUUAUGUAAAACACUUGAUCGAGCAUCAAUUGGUCAUUAUAUAGAUCUAUUUCAAAUACUUUAUCAUGAGUAUCCAAAUAUUCGUUCAUCAUUUAUUGAAAAAACUAAAUCUUGCUCAUCAACAAAUCUUUGUUCAUAUGUCUACAAGAAAUUACUUCAAAAACCAAAUGAUCUUACGGAAGAAGUUAUUUAUAGUAUAACUUUGUCUCCAUUAUCAGUACCAACUGUUUGUCUUCUAAUACCUGGUUUAGCUUAUGAAGCUCAUCUAGAACGUAUUGAAUUUUGGCAAAGAAAUCUUUCUCAAAUAGCAACAGUAAUGCGAUCGAUAAUCAUUGAAAAAGAUAAUAAAUCAGAACAAUUACAAAUUCAAACAGCUUAUGAAGAUAUUAUUACAAAAUUUAAUGAAAUUCGUCAACUCUAUCCGAAUCAUCAUAUAAUGUUCCUUGGUUGGAAUGUUGGUUGUAUACUUGCAUUAAAAGCAGCACUUGUAUGUUCUGUUUCAUCAAUUAUCUGUAUGUCUCUACCAUAUCUUGCUCUAUCGGAAGAAUCAAAAAAUGAUUUUAUGCAAAUAAAUGCAUCGAUUUUAUUUAUUACGGGUGAAAAACAAUAUUCAAAUCAAAUUGAUCAUUAUCGUCAACGACUUAAAUCUCGAAAUGGUUUAAUUGAAUUAGGAGGAUGUAAUGAUACAUUAUCAAUGUCGGAAGAUAGAAAAUAUCGUUUUCGUUUAACACAACAAUUAAUUGAUAAAUUAUUAAUGGAAGAAAUUCUUGAUUUUAUUACAAUAUUAUCACCAAAAUUAAAUCGAAAUAUUUCGGAAGAUAUCGAUGAAAAAAAGAAAUCUGAACGUGUCAAUUCUGGUACAUCAACACAAAUAGAAGAUUCUGAUGAUCCAUUUCUUUAUAUGGGAAUAAAUUCGAAUAGUAAUACAUUAACAACGUUAACUAUUCCACCUGAACAAGAUCCAAAUUCAAUAUUUUUAAAUACUAUUCUUCCAACUACAACAACAACACGUAAACGUAAAGGUUCAAAUUUAGUAAAUCCACUUGACAAAGAUCGUUCAUCAAUGCCUCAAACAUCAAAUCCAACUGGUUCAAAACGAGGACGUCAUAAAACAAAAAAUUUACCUACAUCUGAUAAUAUAGAAUGGACAUCAAAUACGGAAAAACGUCCUCCUAAAACAACAACUAAAAAACCUAAACCAUCAAUGCCACCAACAGCAACAACCAGCAUAUUAAAUACAUUAUUACAAUUACCAUCAAAUCAACCAAAACAACGUACAAAUGAAUCAAAUCUCAUAAAACCUAUUCAUCAACCUCCAUCAUUUGUUAAUACUGUACUUUCUUCCUCAAAUCCUUUUGUGUAG